AUGCAACGACUGAGAGGUCUCUUCGAGUAUUUCGGACUAACCACCAAAUCUGAAGAUCUGCCACCUGUCCAGAAUGGGCAGCUGAGUGGAGAAAACACUCGAGAAGAACUAUUGGAUGGACAAAAUGGCGUUGACGUCGAGGUUCUGUCGCUCGAAGAGAAUGCAGAUGAUGAGGAGCUUCCCGACGGGAACUUGGACAAUCCUCUUGCUAGAGACGAGAAAUUCGUCUUUGCUAUUUACGAUGAAGAAAUCCCCCGAUUUGAUUCAGUUAUAUUGCUCGAAGAGAACGCAGAGAAUUAUGAGGAGGAAGAGGUGUUCGAAGGAGAGGUCUCAAUUGAUGACGAUUUCGUUCAGAUAGAUGAUGCUGUUCGACAAGAGGAUCUCGGAUUCGGAUUUUCGAUCUCAUACUCCGACGACGAAUUGAGCAAUCAAGAAGCACAG